UCCGCCCUUGGAGGAGCACUGGCAUCCGUCUCCUUCGAUUCUCAGGAUUUGAAGGUGGCUGCACAGUCAGUGCCGAAAAUUGUGCUGAAAUGCACGACCAAGGUGUCUCUAAAUGAGGACUUUAUUAAUAUGCUGAAGAACAAACAGCCGAUGCCAGUGAAUAUUCAUUCGGGAUACGAUGCAGCAAAGCAGCAGCAGCAGCAGCCGCUGUCCACUGCCAGAAACAGAAGACUGGCCCAGAAGGUGGAGAAAAGAUCCUCUGUCCAGGCAACAUUGAAACUUAAGCAAAGUUGAAAGCAGCGCCUGGGUAAGAGUAACAUCCAGGCACGUUUAGGCCGACCCAUAGGUGCCUUGGCCAGGAGAGCAAUUGG